CUAGCAUGAGCAGCUAGCUGUGUGGCUAAGAUGGCGCUGAAAUUAUUUACAUCGACUGGUGCCGCUAGCGGGACGUGCUAACUGCGACCCGCUGGUUGGAGAGUUAGUGAACUACUUAGACUGUGUACUUCCACUCCCAGUGAACGUGUUGGCGUUUGUAAACUGGGCGGAUAUUUUAUUUGAAUACCUAAUAACGAAGGGUUCCGUGAGGUCAACAACAUGCCUCACACAAGACGAUUCUCGUCUUCGGACCGGGACAGUCGAAGCAGCUACCAGGACCGCUACAGAGAUAGAGACAGAGACAGAGAAAGAGACAGAGACCGAGACCGAGGGCGAAGACAACGACACAGAAGAUCACCAACAUACUCGUCCAGCAGCGACAGAGACAGAAGAGGGCGGGGACACAGACAGGAGGGGAGCUUUGCACGAUCAAGGAGUCGGAGUUUUGACAAUCGCUCGACGGAGCAACGGCCAUUUGACAGAAGAUACUGCGAACGGGACCGCGAAAGAGAACGGGAGCCACAUGGAGCGGCCGACGCUUACUAUCCACGCGUCUUCCCCCCGAACAUGUACAACUACCCACGCGGCCGAGAGCGGGAACGGGAAGAGUCGUACCGGAGGAAAGGCAGCAGGCGUAAGCACAAACGAAGGCGGCGUAGAACCAGGUCCUAUAGCCCGUCCUCCUCGCGGAGCGACAGCCGGACGCGGGCACUGAGUGUGAGGGACGACGAGGAAGGGCACCUGAUCUGUCGGAGUGGGGACGUCCUGCAAGAGAGAUAUGAGAUUGUCAGCACUUUGGGAGAAGGCACCUUUGGGAGGGUGAUGCAAUGCAUUGACCAUCGCAGGGGAGGAGCCCGUGUUGCUCUGAAAAUUAUCAAAAAUGUGGAGAAGUACAAGGAAGCCGCUCGUCUGGAGAUCAAUGUCCUGGAGAAGAUCAACGAGAAGGACCCUGAUAACAAAUUCCUGUGUGUACAGAUGUACGACUGGUUCGACUACCACGGUCACAUGUGUAUCUCCUUUGAGCUGCUCGCUCUCAGCACCUUCGACUUCCUAAAGGAGAACAACUACCUGCCGUACUCUAUCGGUCAGGUCCGACACAUGGCCUACCAGAUCUGUCUCGCUGUGAAGUUUCUUCAUGACAACAAGCUGACGCACACAGACCUGAAGCCUGAGAACAUCCUGUUCGUCAACUCGGACUUCACCAUGUCCUACAAUGUAGAGAAGAAACGUGAAGAGCGGACGGUGAAGAACACGGCCGUGCGUAUGGUGGACUUCGGCAGUGCCACGUUUGACCACGAGCACCACAGCACCAUUGUGUCCACGCGGCAUUACCGCGCCCCCGAGGUCAUACUAGAGCUGGGCUGGAGCCAUCCCUGUGACGUGUGGAGCAUUGGAUGUAUCUUGUUUGAAUACUAUCUGGGCUUCACCUUGUUUCAGACUCAUGACAACAGGGAGCAUUUGGCCAUGAUGGAGAGGAUCCUAGGACCGGUGCCCUCUAGGAUGAUUCGUAAGACGAGGAAGCAGAAAUAUUUCUAUCGGGGUCGACUGGACUGGGACGAGAGCUCGUCAGCUGGGAAAUACGUCAGAGAAAACUGCAAACCUCUUCGGCGGUAUCUGCUGUCGGAGGCGGAGGAGCACCACCAGUUGUUUGACCUCAUCGAGAGCAUGUUGGAGUACGAGCCCACGAAGAGGCUGGCGCUCGCCGACUCCCUCAAGCACCCCUUCUUCGAGAACGGCAGCAGCAGCGAGGCAACGGGCAGCAAGAGCUGGGAGGGCAACAGAGACAUCAGCCGGUGACCCUGGGGUCUCCAGAGACUGAAUGACAGAGGAGAUCAAGUUCUAUAAACGUGGAACAGGUGAACUGCUGAAGGAACUGGGGGCUUCGGAUGAUGCGGUUUGUCAUUGAGAGCAUGGACGCCGUCACUUCCUGCUUGUCCAUCCCGUCCCUCUGACGUCCACCUCUGCAGCCACGAGAGGCAUGUUUUCAUUUCGCUGCAGAGACCAAACUCACAAAAGACUUAACAAAGGUGAAUCUUUUGUUGUGGUUGAAGCUUCAGUCGAGGUCAAAAAUCCUGAAAGAAUGUUUGCACCCUCAGUAGCCCUCUAUGCAGCUCCUGUCUUCCUUUAGAUUUCUGAACCACCUUCGACCCCACCCUCCGUCCGUCUUUCGAUUCCAUCAGCAUGUAAAGACAAUAGUUCAGCUCUCUAAAGGAAAGAAGCAAGACUCCAAAAAGAAAUGUCUUCCGACUCUGAAGCUUAAGGAACGGGUCAGAGGGAGAUGGAGCUGUAAAUGCAGCGCGAGUCUCCACCCAAAUAAAUGUGAGCAGUUACAUAGGAAAAACUUUAUUAUGCCGACAGCAGACCGGUGAUGGUUAAAUAUCACAUUUCCUUGGAAAUUGCAAGAAUCUUCAGCAGAGGCAAGUGUCUGAAGUUUUUGGUUUUGAAAGGUGAGCACUUCCAUCGUAGAUCGCUUUUCAUGUUUAUUUUUUUAUGUAUAAAAGGUUUAUUCCCUAUAUGGAGACUGUUGCUCUUAAUGUCCCAGAUAUUAUUUGCCGAUGAGAUGAUAAUGGUGACGGACACUCCUCACUCACACACGGGCCUCUGACGCCUGUCUUAUUGAGAUCUGUUUAUGUUAUGCAAUGCUCCUCUGGGUGUGGGUGUGACUCAGUGUGGAUGGAGUGGUUGACACGUCCAUGUUAAUGUUCUGCUCAGAGUCUUUUUAAUGGUUCAGCAUUAGUCAUGGGAGUUUUCUCACAACAACAAACAAGAACCUGCCUUUUGUUUCCAUGUGUGAUUCCGGUCGGACGUGAAGUCUCUCCAUCGAGGUGAAGCACACAGCUCCUGGUGGAGCGCACACACACACACACACACACAAACAUACAACUCCUGUCGACGUAUUUAUUUUGAGUUCCAAUAGGUCAGCCCCCCCCCCCCCCCAAAAAAACAUCCACCUGUAAAUGACUUGUUUUUUUGUAUGAAAUUAAAGCGUAUAAAACUGUAUAUAUGUACCAUUGUGUAGAAAUAAAGUAAAGUCCUCCUUGCCAGAGGCUUACGUGUUCUGAGUAUCGGUUCAGACCUCUGGUUGCUAAAAGGAGGCGUCCUGUCUUUAAA